AUGGAGCGCAACAAACAGUACUCAGUUGAGGAAUUCAUUGAAAAGUCAAGUGUCCACUAUGAACAACGAAACUAUCAAAAGUCGAGGGAGAUGUUAGAGAGAGUGCUGGAAAUACGAACGAAACAGUUAGGUGAAGAUGAUGUUGCUGUUGCAUGGGCACUUCACGAGAUUGGGAAUGUACUGUGGAAGGAAGAAUCUUUGAACGAUGCCUUGGAGAAAUUCAAUAGAGCACUUCCGAUACGUGUGGAGAAAUUGGGAAGACAUUGUGAUACGGCGGAAACCUACACGAGCAUUGGCAAUAUUCUUAAAUCACAAGACCACGACGAAAAGGCAGAAGAAAUGUUCCGGAAAGCUCUGGACAUGAAGCGUGAACUUCUUUCAAAUGAUCAUCCUGAUGUGACGGAUCUCUGCCUGUAUCUUGCGAAAGCGUUGAAAAAGCAAGGCAAGUAUUCAGAAGCAAUCAAGGUACAGAAACUCCAACUUGCGAAACUACUAGAAAUGCGUGGGGAAGACCACCCCGGUGUUGUACUUAUAUAUAAUGGCAUCGCAGAGCUGUUACAAAUUCAACAUAGGUCGGAUGAUGCUCUUCGAUUGCUUGAUUUAGCCAUCGAAAUUUGCAAUCGAUUGGAAAUUAAAAAGUCAUUGGUAACAACGCUCCGCCAUAAAGCAAACAUACUAAACGAAGAGGGUGACUUCGAAGCUUCGGCGGCGAUUCUCACCAAAGUGAUAAUGGUACAAAUCGAGACGGAUGGUGAAAUGCACCCAAAAACAGCACAGGUCUACGAAGAUCUUGCAAUAGCAUAUAUCCAACAAGACAUGAUAGAAGGUGCCACCAAGGCGUGCGCGAAAGCCAUCAAGAUUCGUCGAAAGGAGCUUGGCAAUGAUCAUCCCAAGGUAAAAGAGCUUGCGCUCACACUUGGAAUGUUAGACCUUCAGCAAUAUCCGAGAGAACUAAAUGAACAGGGAUUGGCAAUGAAAGCAGUGGGCGAGUCGGAAAAGGCUGUACAACUCUUCCAAGAUGCACUUGAUAUUUACGAGGAAACCUCGCAUAUCGAUCCCUUUUCAGCAGCCGUGUACGAGAAUCUUUCUGCUGUCAAAGUUGAUCAAGGAUUGCUGGAAGACGCCAUUGCUGCGAGUGCAGAAGCUCUCAAGAUUCGUCGAAGAACGCUUGGCGACGAUCAUUUUGACACGAAGCGACGUAUGGAAGCGCAUAGGUCAUUGUUGAAACGUCUCUUGGAGAAUCGGAGCUAG